GUGAGUCGGUCGGAGCACCGCAAACCAACAUUUUUUUAAUGAUGGCCUUAUUAGCGUAUUUAUUGUCCCAAUGUUGAUAUUAGUGUACAUGCCAGGACAGGAACUAUCAACAACAUACCUUCGGAUUUUAUAAAAAUCGUACCACAAAACAAACAUGGGCGAUGAGCUGGCUCUUGAGAGGCGAGUUGUUAUUAGAUCAGAGUUGAAUGAUUUGUCAACUUUGUUGAGCAAAGCUGGGGAUGAGUGUUUUAUAGUUACUGCCUGUGUUACUGACGAAACACCGCAUCUGCUCGGCUCCAUCAAGGGAACUGACUUUGUAGAGAGCAAAUCCCUUAUUGUCAAAACGGAAUUUCUGCAAUACUUAAAAAACCAGGUGUCAUCAGAAGUCGUCAGAGGGCCAGACGUUAUUGACGAUCCAUGCAGUGAGAGAAAAGUGGUCAGGUCUCUUAUGAUACAUUUGGCAGGUCGAUUACACGCCGACGGAGAGGAGUGUUUCAUUGUGUCUGCAAACAACCCAAACGUUCUGGGCUCCGACAAGGGGAAAGCUUACUUCUGCGAGAAUUUCAAGUUUUGUCAGAAAGCAUUCUCUCGCCACAUUGAUGAAAGCAACCUUUAUGCCAGUACAGUCGGGAAAAAACACGUCGAAAUGAGCAGACCAAACGUCUCGUUUGCUCAAUAUUCUAGACCUACUGGCGGAAACAGAUCAAGUCAAUCCGUAGUACUAGUGAAAGAUUACCAAAUUAAGGAAUCGCCUUCGCUCCUUCUUGGAAAACCUGUACCAAAUGAGUUCACUCCAGUGAAGGCAAAUGUUGAUCAGCCUGUAACACCCGUCUCUAAUGACGAUGAUUAUUACCAUUAUUGUUCGAAUUCAGAUGACGAGUUGAUGACAGAUGAUGAGCUGUGGGCACCAGACAUAAAGAAACACAAUGAAAAUCACGGAAUACGGUCAGAUGUUAGCGCCGGAGAAAACAAGAGGGCGACGAACACAAAUGGUUUUGAAGGAACAUCUGAUGAGUGUAAACAGGGAACUAAUUCAUACACAUUAGAAAUCAAAUCAUUUACAUGCGUUGUUAAAGGGUGUUUGAGAGAAUUUAUCGCCCGAUGGCCGUUAUUGAAACAUUAUCAAAGUCAUACCGAGACGAAACUAAUCACAUGCAGAGAGUGCGAUGAACAAUUUAAAAGCAGCACCACCGCAAUCAAGCAUUGUAGAACAGCCCACCCUUACAAUGAGAAACUGCAACCGCAAUAUCCGAGCCGACAACAGCUUGAAGAUCUCGAAAGGCAGCUAAUUGCUGAUAACACUGAUGGCCGCGUCUAGUGAUAUACUGAACCGAGAAAUAUAAACACAUAUCCAAAAAUACAUGUAUACUGCACUAUAAAACUAUGUAUGUUCAGUUAAAGCCACAAAACGACGUCUACACGUGUGUGGAACUGAGGAUUUGUAAAACUAUAUAUGUUCAAUCACAGCCAACGAAUCACGUCUUUACAUGUAUUGAACUGAGGAUCUGUAAAAAUUAUAGAAAGAGAAAAAUGCCAAUUUUUCCAUAUAAGUCCUAAUAGCGAUGAUUGGUUUACGUUCCAUGUGUAUUUGCCAUCACGGUAACUUAAUUUUGCAUCAUGAAGCAAUCCUGGCUUUAAAAUUAAACACUGAUUUUUUUAUUAUUUUUUUAAGUUAAUCUUCAGUAUAUUACCACAAGUUUAAGGUUAGCCCUGUGCGAGACAUUGGACCGAUUGUUCGGAACUGUGUUUAAGUGAACAACGUUGUUUACCGCAUCCUUGUUAACUUUAAUUUUAAAUGAGAAAUAUUUGAUAAUGUGCUUAUGCAUAUAAAUAAGGCAAAUACAGAAAACACUGCUGUGUCAGAUCUUGUUAGAAGUACAGCAGCUCACAAAACUUUCCAACAAAUUUCAGGGCAGUAAAUAUUUGAAAGUAAACACCGAUGACGUUAAUAACAUUGUUCACUCUAACAAAAGUCUGAAAAAUCGGCCAAGUAACUUUUAGGUACAGUGUUAUCCGCUGUGAUAAUAAAUAUACAGUACUAGGAGUAUAUUAUUGGAUAAAAAUGAUGAUAUAUUUACUGUUUUGAUGGUGUUAUUUUCAUUUUAAAUUAUAAGAUAUUUUGUUUUUUAAAAAGUAGUUUGCACCUGCCUCACUUGUCGGUUAUCCAGGAACACAUGCUUAACACAAUGGAGAUUACUAGUCAUUUUGUCAUGUUCUUGGAGUAAAACGAUUUGUUAGAAUUGCACCAACAUCGUCUCACACGUGCACCAACGGUAGAAAAAACACACAGUAGUUUGGACCUUUUUGACAGAAACCAUAACAGGUUUACGUCGAUUGGAAUCAAAGACGGGUCCCGUUCAAAAGGGGGAACACUAUGAUCAAUAAUGGUUGCUUCUUUUAGAGAUGAAAUACCUGAUAACGGGUUUGUUUUCUGCCUUGCUAACAUCGUUGUCUGGAAUUCACCAGCUACCUCUUGUAGCGAACAUGACCGAAUUAAAUCCGUAAAGAAAGGAAAACAUUGCAUGAAGUUUUGUUUGCUCCAAAUUCAAAUUUUACUAUGUACCCUUAUGUGAUUUGGCUAA